AUGCAAGAGAAAGUGGAUGCAGAUGGACGAUGGGCGUAUUAUCAAGACGACAAUAGGAGAGUCAGAGAAGACGUUGUUGGGAUAGUUGUUGCUAUUGUUGUCAGUGCUGUUUGCGUUGUCUAUUUGGACAAAGCGUCGAUUAAACGAGUCAUUGGAGUGUGGAUCGAGCAAAUAGUAGGUAUAAAUUUACCAAAUGGUACGAAUACCACUAAUACUACUACUAAUAAUACUACUAAUACUACUACUAUUAUUAUUACCAAUACUACUACUACUAUCGACACAAAUACCAUUCUUACUGUUAUUGGUAUUGGUACGCUUCUCUACUCUCUAGCGGUCGUUUUCCGCACGGUAGCACGUGUGGGCGGCGGUGCUACCGCGCGUGGCGGCGGGGACGGGGUGCUGGUUGUGCGCGGAGUGGGAGUUUCUUUAAUGACAUCUCGUAGACACCCUAACGGGGGGGUUAAAUUUGUCCCCUGGGGGGUAAUUCUUCGUGCUGUUAAAGUUGAGAUUUUCCAAGGGUGUCGCGUUUGUGAACAGGUGUACCUCGUCUGUUUAGAGGAUAACAAUAAUGUCAAAUUCCUCCUUAGUAACCCUUGCAACGCCGCGGCCGUCGCGGCGCAACAAAACGCGUGUUGCGCCGGCGCGACGCUUAUUCCUAUUGUUGGCGGUGAAGAGUUACAAGAGAGAGUAUAUAAUUUUGUCAACACUUGCCUAUAA